AUGGCCAAGAUGAACAUCAUAGCGGCCGUCGAUCUGGCCGGAGGAAUCGGCAAGAAAGGCGGUCUUCCAUGGCAUUUACCUGAAGAUUUCAAACAAUUUGUUCGGCUGACGACAGAGACUAAAGAUUCGGACAAGAGAAAUGCGGUGAUUAUGGGCAGGAAGUGCUGGGAAAGUAUCCCCGAGAAGUUCCGACCCCUCAAGAACCGUCUCAGCGUGGUGCUGAGCACGAGUUUGAAGCCAAGUGUAUGUUUUUUUAACAAAGACCUCAAGCUUGGCGUUAAGAUCCAGGUUUAUUUUGCAUUGCAAUUAGAAAAAAGGCAGGUAAAAGUGGGCUGCGUGCUGUGCUUCCGUGGCGCAAUCGGUUAGCGCGUUCGGCUGUUAACCGAAAGGUUGGUGGUUCGAGUCCACCCGGGAGCGAGUACUUUUUUGAAAUUUUUAAGCCUGAUUUUACAAUUUUAUAAGUUUUUUUGUUACUCUCAAUUAACCUGUAAUUUUACUUUAGGUAUCAGAAGAUGUAAUCAUAGCCAACUCCAUCGACGAAGCUCUCAACGAAAUAAUGGCGGUUGAACGAAAAAUCGAGACCAUCUGGAAUAUUGGAGGACGUCAGAUCUACGAAUUAGGGUUGGAUUACCCAAAUCUACACCGCAUUUACUUGACUCAAAUCGAACAUAACUUUGAAACAGACGUCAGCUUCCCGCAAUUUGAUCAAGAGAAAUUUGAGCUUGAGAAUGUUGGAAAUACAGUCACGGACAAGGGCGGCUAUGAAUGGAAGUUGAUGGUAUACAGGAAUAAACAAAGCUCCUUCUAA